AUGGCCAUGGCGGGCGUAGGAAGUCAGAGAGGUUCGUCGUCGUCGAGGAUGCUCCUGCCGCGGAACAUCAGCCUCUCUACCGGGCAUCUCCCGGAAGCACUGGGCGGAGCCCCUCCGCCGCUCCGGCCGAACGUCAUCAACCCUUACGGCCGCCCCUACAGGUACUGGCAGAUGUUCCUGAUCGUGCUGGUGGCCUACUCUGCGUGGGCGUCGCCGUUCGAGCUGGCCCUGGAGAAGGCCGUCUCCCGGGCGCACCUCGUCGUGGACCUGGUCGUCGACGUCUUCUUCUGCGCCGACAUCGUCGUGUCCUUCUUCGUCGCGUACCGCGACAGGUCCACCGACCUCCUCGUCGACGACCGUGGCAAGAUCGCCGUGAGGUACCUGACGCGGCCGUGGUUCGUGCUGGAUGUGGCCUCCACAAUCCCGUUGCAGAUAGUCUACCAGCUCGUGAGGGGCAAGAAAAACGGACCCUGCGGGUUCCUCAUCCUUCUCCGGCUCUGGCGGCUGCGUCGCGCCAGUAAGCUCUUUGCAAGGUUGGAGAAGGACACCAGACUGAGCUACUUCUGGACUAGGUUUAUCAAGCUAUUCUGCGUGGCUCUGUUUGCGCUGCACUGCGCGUCGUGCGUGUACCUGUGGCUCGCGUUCCACUACCGGGACAAGGAGCAGACGUGGAUCGGCAGCCUCCGGGGCGACUUCAAGGAGCGCAGCGUGUGGUUCGCCUACACGUACGCGGUGUACUGGUCCAUGACCACCAUGGCCACGGUCGGCUACGGCGACCUGCACGCCGCCAACACCGGCGAGAAGCUCUUCAGCAUCCUCUUCAUGCUCUGCAACAUGGGCGUCGCCUGCUACGUCAUCGGCAACAUGACCAACCUCGUCGUCCACGGCGCCACCACCACAUUCCGCAUGAGGGACAUGGUGGACCAGGUGGCGAGGUACGGGAAGGCGAACCGGCUGCCGGCGUGGAUGCGGGAGCAGAUGGUGGAGAGCGUGCAGCUGAGGUUCCAGAUGGCGGAGCUGCUGCUGCCCGACGAGGUGCUGUCGGAGCUGCCCAAGGCCGCGAGGUCGGCCGUCGCGCAGCACCUCUACAAGGCCACGGUCGAGGACUGCUACCUCUUCCGGGGGGCCUCCGACAACCUCGUCGUGCAGCUCGUCUCGGAGAUGAAGGCGGAGUUCUUUCCGCCCAAGAUGGACAUUGUCCUGGAGAACGAGAACCCGACCGACUGCUACAUCAUCGCGUCCGGCCAAGUGGAUGUGUUGAGAACCGCCAAGGACGAUGGCCUGGAGAAGUUUGUCAUGAGGAUAGGGCCACAUGGCAUGGCGGGUGAAAUCGGUGUGAUGCUCAACAUCCCGCAGCCAUUUACCAUCCGGAGCAGAACCCUAACCCAGGUCAUACGUAUAAGCCGUAGCCACUUGCAGAACACCGUCCGGCCUGCUACUGCAGACGGGGACACCAUAUUCUCCAAUUUUGUUCAGUAUCUUGAAUCUCUGAAGGUGCGACAUGGAGAGGAGCUAACAUUUGCCAGAGAUGUCGGGCAUGACACACUCCCGUUUCAGAACGGCGACCCGAUACGUGUUGUUAUCCACGGGCAAAUUCCGCACGGCAGUGGCAUGGCGGGCAACCGCGCGGCAGGGAAGCUCGUAUGUCUGCCUGGUUCACUGGAAGAACUGAUGAAGCUUGGCGAAGACAAGUUUGGAAUGGCGGCGAGACAUGUCCUCACCGCCGACGGCGCGGAGGUGGAUGACGUUCGCGCGCUGAGAGACGGCGAUCACCUCUUCUUAAGUUGACAGGGAACUGUACUCUAAAGUCUCUAACUCAGUGCAUGUAUAGAUAGGGGGAUCGACUACGUGCAAGUUGACUGAUUUUUAUUUAUUGAUCAGUCGACCGACAGUCGAUUUAUCUUUGGGCUGUAGCGUUAACUGCUGACGAGGAUGAGGACAGACAACGCGCGCGCCUGAUAGCUGGCCCCUUCCUGCAUGAUUCGACAUACACACGUUUGGUCGAAUCACAAGUUAAGGGCUAGGGUUUGUCUAGGCCUCAUCUAGAUGUGGAGCGAUCGCUUACAACCAUUCAGAUAUGGUGCACAAGUUAAGUUAGGGUUUGUCAGGCCCAGGUCCUUCUGUUUUUUUCUCUUCUAGGUAUUCUUUUUCUGGUUUUCUAUGUUUUUUCAAAAAAUUAUGUUCUCUGUACUAAAUUUGUUUUUCUAAAAUAUGGUGCACAAAUUUCAAAUACACACCGAAUAUAUUUUUAAUAUGGUGAACAUUUUCCAAAUGCACAGAGAACAAUUUUUUAAUAUACAAAUGAACAUUUUUUCUCAUAAAGUGAUUUUUUAAAAAUAUAUGUUUUCCUUUUUUAACUGUAGGGUGAACUAUUUUUCAUGUAUGAUCACCAUUUCUUUUAUACAAAUUGAACUUUUUUAGUGUAGGGUGAACUAUUUUUCAUGUAUGAUCACCAUUUCUUUAAUACAAAUUGAACUUUUUUAGUGUAGGGUGAACUAUUUUAAUUAUACGAUGAACAUUUCUUUUAUCCAAACUGAUUUUUUUGUUGUAACCUUUUUAAUAUACAAUGAACAUUUUUUUUGUGCAAACUGAACUUAUUUAAAUGUAGGUGAACUUUUUGGCUGGUUUUAAUACAAAAAAUGAAAAAUAAUAAAACUUUGCAAAUUUGAAAAGGUAAGAAUGAAAAGAGAAAAAUAAAAGGUAGAAAG